CUCAAAUUACAACCUCAGCGGAAAACAAUAACAAAAAUAGGUCCACAUACUCGUCCUUUUGUUCUUCUUCUUGUGGAGUCAGACGAUGGGCGAUGCCGCGCGCCCAAGUGAUGAUGUAUAUCAACGCGUCCUCCAAGAGAGCCUCGAUACCUGGUCUUCUUAUACGGCUGCUGUGAGCGAUGACGCACCAUUUUCUCGCGAGGCUCUAGACCUACAGAAUCUUGCUUCCCAGGUUCCAUCGUUUCUAGGCGAUGGUCUUAUCUCCCCAACCGAGACAAUUCCGUUCAGCUGCGAAGAAAAGCCAGCAGCGCAAGGGAAAGGUAGUCUGCUUGUGAAUGGCCGCUCAAAGUGGAGUACCUCAAGAGGAACCUGUGACCUACCACCAAUAGUCUUGCCUAAGCAACUUCUCUUAGCUGUCCAAAGCCGAUUAAGCGUCAGAUUGUCAGAAGAUGCACCGCUUGAGAAGUGGCCUUGUGUUAAGGGGUUGGAGGGUUACGACAAUGGAAAUUAUCUGGCAGUUCUCUACUUGGCUUGGGCUUAUAUCCUGUCCGUUCGAUGGGUUGAGAUGCUGAGUCGCUCAGCAGACCAUGAAAGUCGGAUGUAUUACGAUGUGGAGAUAUCGGGCGCAGCACCACAUCCGGACGAGCGGCCUGCCAUUCAGAUUGAUCUUGGGGAGAAGGUCUCUGGUGAAGAAGCUCUCUGGUGGCGCAACAUACUCUCUUCCGACACCUGCUGGGAUGCGACCACCAAAUAUAAUGGUCAAGUGUAUUUGUCGCCGUGGUCAGUGUCGGUAAAAGACGUUAGAAUAAUCUCGUCAGCCAUACUAUCCGUCGUCAACGUGUCAUCGCCGCCAUCAUCAGCUGUCGCCUUGGGAUACCUCACGCGUUUUUGCGAGCGCUAUGGGCUAUACGCCCAAUGUUCUACUGCGCUCACAGGAGUACUCUACAUUCCUUUCCUAAAGGGCAAAACGAUUUCCCUUCCCUUUCCAAGACAACUUUCCCGGGAACAGCUGAAGGCGCAUUUCAGCCACCGGGUGUCUCUCCCUACCAUUAUUAAUCUUCUUGAGACCCACAAAGAACUGCUCCCCAAGUACAUGACCUUGAGUUCCAAUCCUUGGGGACUCCGCUCUCUUCUGUGCAGUACCUUCUUCAAUCCUGAUAUUGAGUGUAAUCUCGCCAGCGCUUGGUUAAACCCGGCGUUUGCGGUGCUUGACUCAAUCUCUUCAGCAAACCCGGCCUUGAUAGCCGCUGUACUUUCCAAGCGACAGCCUCCACUUGGAGUACUUUGGCUCGGAGCAGUGUGCUCGGAUGUGGCAAAACCUGUCCUGCGUGAUAUACGUGCGGGAAUGGUCGCGCUAGAUCUUCCAUCUUCUGCAUGGACUGGGAUACCGCAGACGUUUCUAACUUCUCGAACACAACGGGUCAAUGAUGAAUCCAUACGUCGCGAUGACGAAUGCCGUCUGUUAUUCAUCACAGCCACCGAAGGCCACGACCGACCUCCGAUAUGGCCCUGGAAGCCCUUCGGCGUGACGCAACUAUCAGACACGGAUCUAACGGUUCAAGAGCAUGCUCAAUGUCCUUCUACACAUUGCUUAGAAUACCAAUCUUGGGAAUGGCUUUUGUCAGAAGACGGUGCAAUUCAAGACUUUAGUAAAGGAAAUGAAAGGCGAACAUAUGACAUAACACCAUUCUCUACCACCCAAAGGAACCCCAGCCCGCCCAGAGAUAUUAGUGACAAUCUCCUCUCGCAAUCUCUUUCUGAAAUAGCCACGCGUGGCAUUUUCCAAUGGUUAAGGUCAACGGGAUAUCCUCGCAACGAAAAAGGGAUAUAUCAACAUUCUUGGGUUGAUAUGGAAGGCACUGAUGACGAAGAGCCUGACGAUGCGGAAUCAGACGUUGGAAAUGAGGUGGGCUUCAAGAUCCAGAGAGUCGAAAAUUGGUUGGAUGGUAUUGAGGGAUGUUCUUGACUUCGGUUAGUUCGUGAGAUCAAUGUACUCAGUAAACCCAUCUGGGCCACCGCCUGGGUGGUCAGGACAUUUGGCGCAGAUGGCAUGUCCCCGAGUCGCCAUGAUCGCCGGUCUGACAGAUUUUCCACCUCUUGCGGCAUCCUCUUUCCUUGCAUGUCCAACUAUUGUGCUCGUUGUUCCAAUGUCCGCACCUUCGAUUCGCGCAAACACCGACUUGGCCGGAACUCGCUGUCAUCCUGUUGAAAUGAAGAUAUGGUAUAUAAGAUAGUAGUGAGGCUCU